AUGACGGAGACCUUCAUAAGGGUGCGGGCGGAGAACGACGUCCUCUUCACUGGGGCGAAGUUCUCCGCCAGCACGGCCUGGAGACCAGGGCCAAGCCAGGCCAGAGAGCAGGAGCCGGAGCAGGAGGAGGAAGAGCCAGAGGCGGAGCAGCAGAGAGGAACGGGAAGGAAGAGGAAGAGGGAGAGGGAGCUGGUGAAGCUGUACAGGAGGAUCUGA